UGGGAAUUCGAGCAGUCAGCGGCCACAGCCAUGGCUGAGCGCCGCGCAUUCGCCCAAAAAAUUAGCAGGACGGUGGCUGCUGAGGUACGAAAGCAGAUUGCGGGGCAGUAUAGCGGCUCCCCGCAGCUCCUGAAGAAUCUCAAUGUGGGUGGCAAUGCAACGAGCAACCCAACGGUUCCGCUGUCUGAGGCAGUGGAUCCAGUGGAUUUUGAGGAAUACCUCCUCAGUCAUCCCCCUGUCAUAGAAUCAGGUCCGCUCCGAGAUUUGGUGGAGUUCCCUCCUGAUGACAUUGAAGUUGUGUACAUGCCCAGGGAAUGCCGUACACUGGGACAGGCCGUGGCAGAGGAUGGUGACCAUGAUGCACAUGUAAGAGACUGUAUCAGAUCCUACACUGAAGACUGGGCCAUAGUCAACCGCAAGUACCAUAAACUGGGAACAGGAUUUAACCCCAACACUCUGGACAAGCAGAAGGAGAGACAGAGAGGUCUGCCCAAGCAGGUUUUUGAGUCUGAUGAACUGCCUGACAACAGCCAGGAUGAUCAGGACGACCUAAAGCGGAGAUCUAUGUCUAUUGAUGACACUCCUCGAGGCAGCUGGGCCUGCAGUAUAUUUGAUCUGAAGAACUCUCAGCCCGACGCCUUGAUCCCACACCUGCUCGACCGAGUGCCCAAUGAAGAGAUUGACCGUCACAACGAGGAGCAGCGCAGGGCCCACAGGCACCGCGAACUCUUUGCCCUCCAUCCCGCAUUGGACGAGGAGGAACCUAUUGAGCGGCACUGUGUGUCUGAGGUCCCUAAAGAACACUUUGGCCAGAGACUCCUUGUCAAGUGUUUAUCUUUGAAAUUUGAGAUCGAGAUUGAGCCCAUAUUUGCAAGCCUGGCCUUAUAUGACUCUAAGGAAAAGAAAAAGAUAUCAGAGAACUUCUUUUUUGACCUGAACUCUGAGCAGGUCAAAACUAUGCUCCGCCCCCACGUGCAGUCAGCGGCCAUCUCUACUCUAGCCCGCUCUGCCAUCUUCUCCAUCACGUACCCGUCACAGGACGUCUUCCUCGUCAUCAAGUUGGAGAAAGUGCUCCAGCAGGGAGACAUCGGAGAGUGUGCAGAGCCUUACAUGGUCUUCAAAGAGUCAGAUGCUGCCAAAAAUAAAGAGAAGUUGGAGAAACUGCGGAGUCAGUCAGAGCAGUUCUGUCAGAGGCUGGGUCGCUAUCGCAUGCCGUUUGCCUGGACGGCUAUCCACCUCAUGAACAUAGUGAAUAGUGCAGGCAGUCUGGAGAGAGACACCGAACUGGAGAUGGGUCUGCCAGAGCGAAAGGGUUCCUGGUCAGAGCGAAGGAACUCGAGCAUCGUUGGUCGGCGCUCUCUGGAGAGAACAACCAGUGGAGAUGAGUCGUGCAAUCUGACCAGCUUCCGGCCUGCCACUCUCACAGUCACAAACUUCUUUAAACAGGAGGGAGAUCGCUUAAGUGAUGAAGACCUGUACAAGUUUCUGGCUGACAUGAGAAGGCCCUCGUCAGUAUUACGGCGCCUACGGCCAAUUACUGCCCAGCUGAAGAUCGACAUUUCUCCAGCUCCUGAGAACCCACACUACUGUUUGACCCCUGAGCUCCUGCAGGUCAAGCCUUACCCUGACACCAGAGUCCGACCCACCAGAGAGAUUCUGGAAUUCCCUGCCAGAGAUGUCUACGUACCUAACACCAUCUAUAGGAACCUCCUGUACGUUAAUCCACAGAGUCUAAACUUUGCUAAUCGUCAGGGCUCCGCCCGCAACAUCACUGUUAAAGUACAGUUUAUGAGUGGGGAAGAUCCCAGUAAUGCUAUGCCGGUCAUCUUUGGCAAAUCCAGUUGUGCUGAGUUCUGCAGAGAAGCUUAUACAGCUGUGGUGUAUCACAACAGGUCUCCAGACUUCAGUGAUGAGAUUAAGAUUAAGCUUCCUGCUUCUCUGACUGAUCACCAUCACAUUCUCUUCACAUUCUACCACGUCAGCUGCCAACAGAAACAGAACACACCACUUGAGACCCCCGUUGGAUAUACAUGGAUCCCCAUGCUUCAGAGUGGGCGUCUGAGAACAGGGCAUUUCUGCCUGCCUGUGUCUCUGGAGAAACCCCCGCAGUCUUACUCUGUCCUCUCCCCGGAUGUUCCCCUGCCUGGUAUGAGAUGGGUUGAUAACCAUCGAGGAGUGUUCAGUGUGGAAGUUGUUGCUGUGUCCACCAUUCACACACAGGACCAGUACUUGGAUAAGUUUUUUGCACUGGUUCAUGCCUUGGACGAACAUAUGUUCCCAGUGCGAAUUGGUGACAUGCGGAUAAUGGAGAACAAUCUGGAAGCAGAACUCAAAUCCAGCAUUGCUGCACUGACGUCCUCCCAGUUAGAACCAGUGGUGCGCUUCCUCCACCUUCUACUGGACAAACUGGUGCUGCUGGUGGUUCGGCCGCCUGUCAUCGCAGGACAAAUCGUGAAUUUAGGCCAGGCCUCGUUCGAAGUGAUGGCGUCUAUAGUGAAUCGCCUGCACAAGUGUCUGGACAGCACUCAGGAUGUUCAUGGACGCAACAGUCUGCUUUCCUCGUACAUCCACUAUGUCUUCCGUCUUCCUAACACGGACCCAAACUCCCCCUCACCUGGUCCGGGGGGCUUAGGUGGGUCUGUUCACUAUGCCACCAUGGCCCGCUCAGCUGUUCGACCUGCCAGCCUCAAUCUGAACCGCUCACGUAGCCUUAGCAACAGUAACCCAGAUAUCUCAGGCACACCCACCUCCCCUGAUGAUGAAGUUCGCUCCAUCAUCGGCAGUAAGGGCCUAGAUCGUUCCAACUCCUGGGUGCACAGUGUGGGGAGUAAGAGUGUCCCCUGGGACUCCAGCCCAGUCUCUGCCUCUGACACGGUGCAGGCCAUGGAGCGAGGUGGCAGUCGCAUGUCAUCGCACACUGAGAGCACCAGUUUCUUGCAAACUUUAACAGGACGGUUACCAACCAAAAAGCUGUUCCAUGAGGAGCUGGCCCUGCAGUGGGUGGUAAGCAGUGGGAGUGUGAGGGAAGGUGCUCUGCAGCAGGCCUGGUUCUUCUUUGAACUCAUGGUUAAAAGUAUAGUUCACCAUCUUUACUUUACCGACCGACUGGACUCUCCCAGGAAAAACCGUUUUCCAGAGCGUUUCAUGGAUGAUAUCAGCGCUCUGGUCAGCACCAUAGCAGGUGACAUUGUGUCCCGCUUCCAGAAGGAUCUGGAAUUGGUUGAGAGACUCAACACCAGUUUGGCGUUCUUCCUCAACGACCUGCUCUCGGUCAUGGAUCGAGGCUUCGUCUUCACUCUCAUCAAAACCUACUGGAAACAGGUGUCCUCGAAACUCUACGCCCUGCAGAACCCCAUGCUCCUGUCUCUGCGUUUGGACUUCCUGCGGAUUGUGUGUAGUCAUGAACACUACGUCACCCUGAAUCUGCCCUGCAGUCUGCUCACACCCCCUGCCUCCCCAUCUCCAUCCAUCUCCUCCGCUACAUCACAGAGUUCUGGGUUUUCCACUCAUGUUCAGGACCAAAAGAUUGCCAACAUGUUUGAGCUGUCCCUGCCCUUCAGAGAGCAACAUUACCUGGCUGGCUUGGUCUUGACCGAACUGGCUGUGAUUCUGGAUCCAGAGACAGAUGGCUCAGCGCACUGGAUGUUCGGUCUGCAUAAAAAGGUUAUCAGUGUGGUUCAUAACCUUCUGUCCAGCCACGACUCCGACCCACGAUACGCUGACCCUGAGGUCAAAGCUAGGGUUGCUAUGCUCUACCUGCCUGUCAUUGGCAUUGUAAUGGAAACUCUUCCCCAGCUACAUGACUUCACAGAGUCUCACAAUCAGUGGGGUCGUUCGGCAGGGUCGGGAGGAGAGGAGCAGGAUGUUGAGGGCAACAGCAUGAUUAAUCAAACUGUUGCUAUGGCAAUCGCGGGCACAUCCAUGCCCCAGAUGUCUCGGCCAAGCAGUUUCCUGCUGAACCCUCAGGCUGGUCGGCAGCACGCCUCUUUCAGUGCAGAGUCCAGUCGCAGUCUGCUGAUCUGUCUGCUAUGGGUCUUGAAGAAUGCUGAUGAGCUAAUACUCCAGAAGUGGUUUACAGACCUGUCCGUCUCCCAGCUGAACCGUCUACUCGACCUGCUGUACCUCUGUGUGUCCUGCUUUGAGUACAAGGGGAAGAAGGUGUUUGAGCGAAUGAACAGUUUAACAUUUAAGAAGUCCAAAGACAUGAAAGCCAAACUUGAGGAAGCCAUUCUGGGCAGUAUUGGAGCCAGGCAGGAGAUGGUCCGACGCAGCAGAGGACAACUGGAGAGGAGCCCGUCGGGCAGUGCCUUUGGCAGCCAAGAGAACUUGCGCUGGAGAAAAGAUAUGACCCACUGGCGUCAGAACAGUGAAAAAAUGGACAAGACAAGAGCUGAACUGGAGCAUGAGGCCCUUAUUGAUGGUAACCUGGCAACGGAGGCUAAUCUCAUCAUCCUGGACACGCUAGAAAUCGUCGUACAGACGGUGUCAGUGACAGAGUCUAAGGAGAGCAUUCUGGGAGGAGUCCUGAAGGUGCUGCUCCAUAGCAUGGCGUGUAACCAGAGCGCCCUCUACCUGCAGCAUUGUUUUGCAACACAGAGAGCUCUUGUCUCUAAGUUUCCAGAGUUGCUGUUUGAGGAGGAGACUGAGCAGUGUGCUGACCUGUGUCUUCGUCUGUUGAGAAACUGCAGCAGUAGCAUCAGCUCAAUCCGAGCCCAUGCCAGUGCCUCACUCUACCUGCUCAUGAGACAGAACUUUGAAAUCGGCAACAACUUUGCCCGUGUGAAGAUGCAGGUGACCAUGUCCCUUUCCUCACUGGUUGGCACAUCACAGAACUUUAAUGAGGACUUUCUGCGUCGCUCCCUUAAAACUAUCCUCACGUACGCUGAGGAGGAUCUGGAGCUGAGAGAGACCACAUUCCCUGACCAGGUCCAGGACCUUGUGUUUAAUCUGCAUAUGAUCCUCUCAGACACAGUGAAGAUGAAGGAACAUCAGGAGGACCCAGAAAUGCUUAUCGACCUCAUGUACAGGAUUGCUAAGGGUUACCAGACGUCCCCAGACCUACGGUUGACAUGGUUACAGAACAUGGCGGGAAAACACUCUGAGAGGAAUAACCAUGCAGAGGCAGCCCAGUGCCUGGUCCACAGCGCAGCACUGGUGGCCGAGUACCUCAGCAUGCUGGAGGACCGCAAGUACCUGCCCGUUGGCUGUGUCACAUUCCAGAAUAUUUCGUCCAACGUUUUGGAGGAGUCGGCUGUCUCUGAUGAUGUGGUCUCUCCAGAUGAGGAGGGGAUCUGUUCAGGGAAAUACUUUACUGAGGCUGGCCUGGUGGGCCUUCUCGAACAGGCGGCUGCCUCCUUCUCCAUGGCUGGCAUGUAUGAGGCUGUGAAUGAAGUGUACAAAGUCCUCAUUCCUAUUCAUGAGGCAAACCGAGAUGCAAAGAAACUCGCCACUAUUCAUGGUAAACUGCAGGAAGCCUUUGGCAAAAUCGUCCAUCAGAGUGCGGGGUGGGAGAGGAUGUUUGGUACCUAUUUCCGUGUUGGAUUUUAUGGCUCUAAAUUCGGGGAUCUGGAUGAACAGGAGUUUGUGUACAAAGAGCCAGCUAUCACCAAACUGGCAGAAAUCUCACAUCGACUGGAGGGUUUCUAUGGGGAGCGGUUUGGAGAGGACCAAGUAGAGGUUAUUAAGGACUCAAACCCUGUGGAUAAAUGCAAACUCGACCCAAACAAGGCUUUUAUACAGAUCACCUAUGUGGAGCCAUAUUUCGACACUUAUGAGAUGAAAGACCGCAUCACCUACUUCGAUAAGAACUACAAUCUGCGGCGUUUCGUUUACUGCACGCCUUUUACGUUGGAUGGACGGGCUCACGGAGACCUGCACGAACAAUACAAACGCAAAACCAUUCUCACCACCUCUAAUGCCUUCCCCUACAUCAAAACACGCAUCAACAUCGUCCACAAAGAGGAGAUAAUCUCCAUGCCCAUUGAGGUGGCAAUUGAGGACAUGCAAAAGAAAACCCAAGAACUGGCCUUCGCCACGCACCAGGACCCUGCCGAUGCCAAGAUGUUACAGAUGGUGCUUCAAGGCUCAGUGGGCACCACAGUCAACCAGGGACCCCUGGAGGUUGCCCAAGUGUUCCUGUCAGAGAUCCCAAAUGACCCCAAACUCUACAGACACCACAACAAACUACGGCUUUGUUUUAAGGACUUCACCAAGAGGUGCGAAGAUGCCUUACGGAAAAAUAAGAGUCUUAUUGGUCCAGAUCAGAAGGAGUACCAGCGGGAGCUGGAAAGGAACUAUCACAGACUGAAGGAGGCGCUACAACCCCUGAUAAACAGGAAGAUCCCUCAACUCUACAAACCUGUGCUACAGGUCAACUCCCACAGAGAUUCUUUCAGUAGAAUAAGUCUUCGUAAACUUGACUUAUGAAGAUGAGGAAGACAUGGGGGGGAGAGGAAGAUGUGGUUUGUUUGUAAAUAUCAGCCUGGGAGAGGUACUCUUCCUGCUGAAGUUUGGUACGUCAUUCCAAUUUCAUAAGCGUUUACAAAAAAGGCCUGUUACUCUGUUCCUGCUAUUCAUGGAGGAUCUUACAGUGGAUAAUGUGUCAAAUCUGUAUUCAGUUCCUGCCUGCACUUUUCUUAUUAUUAGCGUCCCAAUGCAUUUUAUGAAACGUGUACAAGAAAGUUUACUAUUUAAUCCAAAAGCAAAAAAACAAGCAAAAAUGUACCACUGUUUAUCACAAUGGUUUAAGUUUUUUAGGUUAAAACAUUUGUUAAA